UAAAACGAGAUGUUUUUCCAUUUUUAUAUUCCGUCAUUUACGCGGUAUUGUUUACGCUCUCUUAAAUCAAUUGCAAACAAGGUGAAAACACAAACAAGCGAUUUCGGACUAUAUAAAGGCAGACUUCUUUGAAUCUCAUCAGAGUCAAAGGAUCCAACGACUAACAUACGAUCAUCAUGUCCCGUCUUCUUCUUACUUUGUUUGCCAUCUUAGCAAUCUUCUCUGCCACAACAAUGGCGAGUUGCGGAAAGAAUGAAGUUUGGACUGAGUGUGGCACUGCUUGCCCACCAACUUGUGAAGAUCCAAACCCAAAAGUUUGUUCUCUGCAUUGCGUGCAAGGCUGCCAGUGCAAACUUGGACUGCUCAGAAACAAGAAUUGGGAGUGUGUUAAGCCAAGUGAAUGUUGCUAG